UCAGUGCGCGCCCCUUGUCCGGGGCGGGGGCGUCCGAGUCCCGCAGAGGCAGGGCCCCCCCGCACCGCCCCCCGCCGCAGGGCCGGGGGCCGAGCCUCAGUGACGCCUCCCGGCCCCCAUUCGCUGGGUCCGCCCGCCCAGCCCUGCCCAGACUGCGGGAGCGCCGCGCCCACAGCCCGCCGGGCAGCCCCGGACAGCGCCGGCAGCCCCGCAAGGCAGCGGGCAGCACCGGACAGCGCCCGCAGGUUCCCCUCUCAGAGACAGCCCCCAGUGGGCACCUCAGCAGCGAGAUGAACCCCACCGUGGGCAUCGCUGUCAUCCUGACAGUCCUCCAGGCCGCCCACUGCCAGAUGAUCAAGGACCUGAGUGCCUGCCUGCUGGGCCAGAACCUGCGCGUGGACUGUCGCUAUGAGAACAAAACCGACAACCCCCUGACCUACGAGUUCAGCAUCACCAAGGACAACAGGAAGCACAUCAUCCAGAGCACCAUCAGAGUCUCCGAGAACAUCUACCGGAGCCGAUCCAACGUCACCAUGCACAAGAACCUGGUGUGCCUCCACCUGCAGAGCUUCACCACCAGCGAUGAGGGCAUCUACAUGUGCGAGCUGAAGGCCACCAAUGACUACACUGGCAACCAGAUAAAGAACAUCACUGUUAUCAAAGACAAACUGGAGAAAUGUGCCGGCUUCAGCCUCUUGAUCCAGAACACCUCGUGGCUCCUGCUGCUGCUCCUUUCCCUGCCUCUCCUGCAAGCCGUGGACUUCGUGUCCCUGUGAAAGGCGAAACGCACGCACACACACACUCACAGCGCUCGCACACACACGCACACACCGAGCACCCCAGCCACCCCGCCUUCCUCGCAGCCCCUGGAAAGAGAAGCUGAAGCGUCUGGAAGCCGUGAAACCUCUCUGUGUUAUCUCUAUUUAGCCGUAUAUUAACGCUGACCACCGUCCCGUGCCAAGGCCCACCAUCCCACGCACACACGCCCCGCUCUGAAGCAUGGUGGCUCUGCUAGGCAGCGUUGCUUCUCCCAUCGCGCCUCCCCGCUCCGUAGGCUGGCUGGUUUGCUUGUGCUGGGAGCACUGGAGGCCUCAGCCUCGCUUGUCCCAUCCCUUUAACUCUUGGGGUUUGCCUGUUCUCAACUGGGGAAAGACAGCUGGAUUGGCAGGUAAGAGAGGGGGGUGAUGCGAGAGUGUGCGGAGGGUGCCCGUGGUGGGUGCUGUGCCCGUGGCCCCUGGAGGUGACAGGGCUCUUGGUGUCCCCACCCGCCCUGCCUGCCAGCCAGGUGACUGAUUCCUCACCCUGCUCCUCUCACCGUGAGCUGCCACGGCUGGGAGAGGGCACAAAAUGACGCAGUGAAUGGGGAGCCAUGGGAUGCUGCUGGGCCUGGCAGGCUGGGAGGAGAGAGGGGAGCAGGUCUAGGAGACACCAUGAACCCCCCCUGCCUCCUUAGGGCUCCUCUGGGGCCCUGGGAAUGGCCUCAGUGCAGUCGUGCUUCGGCAACAAGUUUUUCCUAAUCUGUUUCUUACAGCUGAGCGGGAAGUGAGGCCUCCUCCAGACACCAUCUGGUACCUUUGGGCUGCCCGAGCCAGAGACACCACUCGCUCUCCCCGGGGACCAGCCCUUAGCUGUGACGAGAGAAUUGCUGCCAGCACCAGUGGAGGCAAGCAGAGCCUCUCUGAGCUAGCCACAGCCCCACUGCCCUCCCCAGGGCCCUCAGAGCUGCACCCAGGCUGGCUAGUGGGGAGGGCGUUCCCCUCUGGGAGUGUGACCCCAGGGUCUCUGCGGGGACGCCUCUGCACCGGCACCUUGUCCUCCUGAAGGGAACAUCUGGGGACCCCAGUCCUUCCUCAUGGAGAGGCAGAGCAGUCUUCCUCAAAUCCCACUGUGCUCCUGGGAGGAGCCCCUUCCCUUCUCCCUCCUCCCUUUCAGUGUUUCCCCGUCUCCCUUUAAGAGCAGCAAAGGACCGAAGGGCAGCCCACGACCUCGGUAAGGCCAGGAUGGUGCCAGGGACAGGGAUGGUCAGCACAGCUCAGAUCUGCCAGCCCAGGGCUGCCUG